ACUCAAGCAGCUCUCGCGAGGCCGCGCAGGCUGCGCUCGGGGUGCGCGGCGUCUGCUGGCGAGUGCCGGCGGUGAGGGUCCCGGCACUCCGCGUCCUGCCCGAUGGUCUGCGGUCCGGGCUCCUUCGCACGAUCCGCUGAGCUGGCAUGAGGAACAGCCAAAACUGACGUGUCGACAGAAAGAGUCAUGGCGACACCCCCUGUCCCUGGUCCAGGGAUGCCUGGAGCAUUUUCUGCAACUCAGAGCCAGGCGGGACGUGAGGUUAAUACAGCUUCUCUCUGUCGAAUUGGCCAAGAGACGGUACAAGACAUUGUUUCGAGAACGAUGGAAAUCUUCCAGCUUCUUCGAAAUAUGCAGUUGCCCAAUGGUGUGUCGUAUCAUACAGCCACGCAUCAGGACAGGCAGGGGAAACUGCAAGAGCACCUCCGCCAGCUGUCUGUUCUCUUCCGGAAGUUGAGACUGGUCUAUGACAAAUGCAACGAGAACUGUGCCGGCUUAGAUCCUGUCCCAAUGGAGCAAUUGAUUCCCUACGUGGAGGAUGAAAGUACGAAACACGAAGAUCACAGCUUGGCAAAUCAAUUCCGUUUAGCAAAUGAAGAGAGGCGAGAGAUUGUCGAGGUAAAUAAGAAGCUUAAACUGAAAAACCAGCAGCUGAAACAAAUCAUGGAUCAACUACGCAACCUAAUUUGGGACAUUAAUGCGAUGCUGGCGAUGAGAAACUGAGCGAGACCGUGACGCCUGUCGGUGUUUUGAAUGUACGUGCGUUGAUGGCGUUAACCAGUGCAGCACCUGAUGACCAAGGGUGCUGCCUGAAGCCCGUUUGAAGCAUGAAUGCAAAUACUCAGUCCCUUGGGAUGGGGUGCACGGCGAGCUGAAUGUCACUUUGUGAGCAGUCUGUUAAUUUGGGGAGCAUAUUUAAUGUACUCGUGUAGCAGUUGCCCAGUUGGCAGGGUAAAGACGAUAAGACAUAGAAGCAGAAUUAGGCCAUUCAUCCCAUCAGUUCUAGCAUGGUUGAUUUAUUAUCCCUCUUAACCCCAUUCUCCAGCCUUCUCCCCAUAACCUUUGGCACUCUUACUAAAAUAGAGGGUGGAAACAGUAAUCCUGAAGGGAAGCAGGGCCACUGUAUGAGAGGAGAAUUUAAAAUAUGUGGCAGCUCGUUCAGACUGGCAUUCCUGUACUGAGAUGCUGACAGCGAGAGGAUUAGUGUGUUUACCUUUCUGUCUUUUAUCAGGUUGUGUUUAUUGUUCUUUUGAGAAUCUGUGCUACAUUUGCGAUCGAGCAUUUUGUUUCUUGAUGCCCCGGUGUUAGAAUCUGUAAUGUUUACUGCGGCUGUCUUUGAAAUUCCACACACCCAAAAUGAUUUUAGACUUUAAUAGUGCCCAACCGACUGUAGACUUCCAGUGCAUCAGUCCUGAUCUGCAAAGCACUAUUUUAGUCUAAAUAUUCUGCAUAGAAAUCCCAUUCCAGUUCAUUAGACCAUAAGAUAUAGUCGCAGACCAUUCCAUCAUGGCUGUCAACCCCAUUCUCCUGCCUUUUCCCUGUAAUCUUUGACGUCCUUACUAAUGGAGAACCUAUCAAUCUCUGCUUUAAAUACACCCAGUGACUUGGCCUCCACAGCCAUCUAUGGCAGUGAAUAACGCAGAUUCAACACCCUCUAGCUAAAGGCUGAUUUAUACUUGUGCAUCAAAUGUACAGUGUAGCAGCCUACCCUACACUGUACUGUACGCCAUAGCCUGACGCGCACCUUUCCCAAAAUGUAACUAUGUGUCGCGGCGACGCAGACCGAAACAACUGUGAUUGGUCCGCUUGGUAGCGUCGCAGUUCCUCCUACGCUGCAAUAGCUUGCCACUGGGCAACUGAAGGGCAGGGAAGGAACUCUGGCUGCAAUGCUUUCCAUAAAGCUUUAUAGACCUCCGAAGUUAUGGAGGACCCUGUGCUUGAAGCCAGUUUGUAGCUAGCGGCUACAGCCUGUUGACUUCCACCUGAAGCUAAAACUCGAAUGGUGAUUGCCAGUCUCAGAGUAUACUGUGCGUACGCUGAUGCGAAAUAAAUGGUUGGAGACGAUGAACCAAAUCAUCAAAUCUACCUGCCGACAUCCGAAAAUAUUUGAAAUGCAUUUCCUCGUCCGUGUCUCUCAGUGGCCGGACAAGCACAGAAAAUUCACCCUCCUUCAGUUUCAGUCGCCAUUGUUUGAAGUUUGAGUUUCUUCGUGUUGAGUUUCAACACGAAGAAACUCAACACAGUGGCAUAGAAACCCCACCGCCAACUAGCGUUUUGGUGGUGAAUUGCAGAGCGACGCAGACAAGCCAACGCACAAGUAUAAGUGCUCACAACGGCGUAGCCCACUUGCGUAGGCUAUGGCGUAAAUAGUACACACAAGUAUAAAUCAGCCUUAAAGAAUUCCUGCUUGUUGUUUAGAAAUCCUAAUGUUUAGGAGAAUUUUUCUGGAAAAUUAGUAGCUUAUUGCUGGUAAGCUCCAAAGCAUUAUUUUGAUAAUUCAAUAUUUCACAGUUAAUUUGUUUCAGGGUGCUGUAAAAAUAUUUUAGAUAAUUUAAGACCUGUUUUAUAAAAUUAAUUUUUUUUGAUAAAUAAAAAGUGAGCAACUUUAAACAGCUGUUUUGAAAGUUUAUAGAAAAUAAUUCUAAAAAGUAAUUACCAUCAUUAACAAGGCAACAUUGUUCACACAAAGGGCCAAGCCCAGUUAGCUUUCUGUGGCUAAUUAUAUGUGGAAAAUACAGCCUUGAAAGCAGUUAUAUUUUAUAAUAUAUAGUUGUACUCUUAUGCAGGGUCUUAGUUUUUGGAAGGCAGAUGAGUGCUUGCCAAUGCUGAACCUCGAUGUACAUAGAGGAAGAUAAUCUGAUGAGACCUUUGAUGAGUAGGGUCAAUCCCUGCUGUUUUAUCAAGAUUAAAACUUGCAUUUUAUUAUUGAAACAU